GGCGGUACGGUUCAACGUUAGAAAAAGAACAUGGCAGCGUGACGGUGACACGCAGUGACACGCGUGGUUAUGUUUGUAUACCUGGACCUGCGUACUUCUUUGACACAUUUCCCACAUUCGAGAAAUAUAAUAACUGAAUUUUUAACUUGAUAUCGCUUGAUAUUGCAAAAACUGGUUGUGAGCAAUCGUCUCACGAUUAUUGUGUUCACCGAAUCGCGAUGUUUGCCAAUACAAACAGAGGUUCUGCCGAAAAUGGCAAGAAUCGCUUCCAUGGACCAAGGAGAAGAGGUGGUUAUCACAACAAGUCUAACAGACGGAACUUCAAACGCAUCUUAGACCGUUCACCACGAGAAAAUGUAAAGAGAAGCAAAUUGGAUGUUGGCAGUAGACUGAAAGAAUCUGACUUAGGAAUUACGGAAUAUAUUGGCAAGCACGUUGGCUUUUUUGCUAUAAUUAAAGAGAGGUACAAGGACUUUCAUGUCAACGAGAUAGAUCUUGAUGGACAAGUAGCAAAGCUGACUCACCAAGACAUUCCGCGUAAUCCCAGUGACGACGAAAGUAUCGAAGAUCUGAAGGCAUUGGUGUCAUCAACAAUAUGGGACCAGUUGCAAGCUUUGGAAAAGGAAAAUCCUUCUAACGUGGAAAUUGAUGUAACUAACAUUGAUAAAGUUGGACGUAGGACUAUUCAUACAAUUGCAAAGAAAUUAGCGAAUGUUGUCAGCCAAACUGUAGAUAAAGGCGAUAAAAAGUUCCUCAUGAUUGUGCUGAAUACUAAACAUGACGCAAAUGGUCCUAAGAUUCGCAAAGAUAAGAGAAUAGAUUGGAGCAGAUUAGGAGGAGAUUACUGUCACUUUCUGUUGCACAAAGUAAACAUGGAUACAAUAAGCGUUGUAAAUCAGUUGGCUGUAAGUUUGCGAUUACAGCCGAAUAACUUUUGUUAUGCCGGUACGAAAGACCGCCGAGCCUGGACGACUCAGUGGAUCAGUUUGAGAAAGGUAGAACCGCAUAGUAUAUUGCGAGCGGGUAAAAGUAUUCGCGGUGUAUAUGUAGGGAAUUUUAAAUACGCUAAAGACAGCCUGAAAUUAGGUAUGCUGCGUGGUAAUCAAUUUAGGAUAGCGCUGAGAAACGUCUGUGAGAUAGACGAAAAUAUCGAGCAAGCAAUGAUGUCUUUGCGGAACAAUGGCUUUAUUAAUUAUUACGGUUUACAAAGAUUUGGAUCAGUACCUACUAUACCCACGCACGAAAUCGGAAAAUGUCUACUUCAGGGUAAAUGGCACGAAGCGAUUGAACUAAUUCUGAAACCGCGGCCAGAAAAGGAUCAUGAAUUGGCGGAGGCUAGACAAAUCUAUGUGGAAACCAAAGAUGCCCAUGCUGCCUAUGCCAAGCUCAAAAGAAUCGAUACAAUUGAAGCCACGCUUUUGAAAGCUUUACAAAUAUCGGGUGAUAAAAAUCCUUUAGGCGUACUCGACUCAGUCCAUCGAAACAUUCGAUUAAUGUAUAUUCAUGCUUAUCAAAGUUUCGUAUGGAAUCACAUUGUAUCGAGAAGAAUAAAACAGUUUGGGACAGAAGUGGUCGUAGGUGAUUUAGUUUACGACAAACAGCAUUGUAAAGAGAUUAUAAAUGACGAAACUACGGAUUGUUCUUUGAAUGAAGACAUUAAAGAUAAAACUGAUAUUACCUCUGUCGAAGAAAAGGAUAUCGAGUCAACAUCGAAUGAAGUAAAUAAAGAAAAUUCGGAGCAGGAUUUUCCAAUAGUGAAAAUUCUUACAGAAGAAGAUUUGUCGAAUUACACUUUGGCCGACGUAGUCAUACCUCAGCCUGGAUGGAAAGUUACGUAUCCGCCAUAUGCGAAAGCUUGGUUCGAUGAAUUUUUAGCCAAGGAUGGAUUAACUACCGAUCUUAAACAAAAUAUCAAAAAAUACAGUUUAGGUGGUUCUUAUAGAAAUAUAUUAGAAAUUCCAACGAAUUUAUCAUGGAAGAUUGUGCAUUAUGAAAAUAAACAUGACGAUCUAAUCCUAACAGACAUCGACGAAAUGAGGAAACUUACAUCUCCACAGGAUAAACCAAAUGGAAAGAACAAAGCGUUGAUCAUAGAAAUGUGUUUGAAGUCUAGUAGUUAUGCCACAAUGGCUCUGCGUGAAAUCUUAAAGAAUGAUACUUCAGCGGAAACGCAGGCCGCUUUAUCGGCUGCUCACGAUGCAGAGAAUAUGAAGUCCAGUGCAAUCACUGUAAAUGAAUGUAGCAGCAAAGACUUGGAAAUUGAGGAAGAUCAUAAGGAAAAAAAUUUUGAUGGAUGUCAUGAUGCCGAUACAAAAAUGAAUGAAACAAUGCAGAUGAACGGUGUAGAGAAUAUAUCAGAAACAUGUCAAAAAUUGUAAAAUAGAAU